GAGGAGGAGUUGAGCGGGUCGCCACGUUUCAGCACAUCAAGUCUUCUCUGUGUCAGACUGACUGACCUGGAGCCUCCUCCUCCUCCUCCUGGUCCUGAUGCUGCUGCUGGGAUCAUCAGCCAGCUCAUACCUCCUACAGCCGCUUCUACUCAGAGUAGUUUCUGUUUGCCUCUGGAAACUCGUCCCCUCCAUCAUAUUAAUGGGAUAAUAAUGUGAUUGAUUGGUCAUUUCCGAGGAGAAAUGCUCUUUGCUGCUUCCUGACAGAUCAGGGCUUCUUCAGAGAACUUGCAGCUGACUUGGGAAGGAUUAUUUUAUUUUGCUCCACAGCGGGGUGAGGAGGAGGACUUCUUUUAAAUUUUUAUUCUUUCUGCUCCGAGGAGGGGGGGAAGAAGGUGAUCUGGACAAGGGAGGAGCAUGGAGCUGCUGUGCGGCUCUCCGGAGCGCAUCAGGCGGUUCCAGCAUCAGGAGCUUCCGGCUGCUGAUGUGCAGCUCCGCGGGCGGACCGAGCUCUUUUAGGAGAGCCGAACCGAGGAGGAUCUGAUCGAAUCCCUGCGUGGCAGUGGACGUGGAUCCCGCAGUAAGGGGGGAGGCAUCUAUGCAAUUUAAUAUUGACUUUGCAUUUUAUUAUGAGCACAGAGGGGGGAGAUGCGGGAGCGGCAUGGGGGGAGGCGAGGGGGUCUCCGACCGACAACAAACGCCACACCUGGGAGGAGAGCGACCCGCUCGGCUCCCAAGGACGUCCGCAGCCCGACGGCCAGGAGAAGCCGCAGCCAGGAGAGGAUGAGGAGGAGGAAGAGGAGGAGGAGGAGGGCCGGGCGCGUGCGGCUGACGAUGGGAAAUUCAGAGAGGACAACGGGGGGAACACUUCCAGCGAGGAGGGGGCGGUGGGGGGCAGAUCUGACAAAGCGAUACCUUCAACCUGCAGCAGCGACACAUGCAUCCCGACCCCCAGCUGCAGGAUCUGCUUCCAGGGAGCAGAACAGGGUGAUUUGUUGAACCCGUGCCGGUGUGACGGCUCGGUGCGGUACACCCAUCAGCAGUGUCUGCUGAAGUGGAUCAGCGAACGAGGCUGCUGGACCUGUGAGCUUUGCUGCUAUCGAUUCCAGGUCAUCGCCAUCAACAUGAAGAGACCAUGGCAGGUAAAGUGGCAGUCCAUCACCAUCACCCUGGUGGAGAAGGUGCAGAUCAUCGCCGUGUUCCUGGGUUCCCUCUUCUUGGUGGCCAGCAUCUCCUGGCUGCUGUGGUCGGCUCUCAGCCCGCAGGCCAUCUGGCAGCGCCGUGAUGUGCUCUUCCAGAUCUGCUACGGCAUGUACGGCUUCAUGGAUCUGGUCUGCGUAGGUUUGAUAGUCCAUGAGGGGGCAGCAGUGUAUAACGUCUUCAUGCGCUGGCGAGCAGUAAACCUCCAUUGGGAUGUUCAAAGUUAUGACAAGGCCAAAGACAUGGAGGAGACCAGCACUGCCCACUCCUCGCUGGGCCCCAGGACGCUUUGGUUGCCUCUGACUACCCUUGGGCCCGGCGGGCCCUUGCAUCCCACCCAGCUCGGGUCACGGCCGUGGACCUGCCUCUGUUUGGCCCCCUUCUGUCGUGGGCUGGUGCCUCGAAACAACCUGAGCCAGGACGCUGACUCGGGAGAGGUUGUCAUUCGUGUAACGUCAGUUUGAAGCAGAGUAAACACCUUGGAUCCAUCACACUCUUGGAAUCUGAAGGCUCAUACAUUCAAACUUCGUUGCCACCGUUCUGGUUGCUUCAUGUGCUUCAGAUAAGUUGGGGUGUUUCUUCUCUCUGGGGCUGGUCCCCAAACCAAUCUCGAUAAGGUAUUUCUCUUCCAUCUUUACGUUACAGCAGCUGUUUCAAGACAUAAAGAUGGAUGUUCAAGAACACAAUGUUGGCACUGUGACUGAGUCUGUUUCAUCCAUCAUAAACAGUUUAAAUCGUAGCGUAUAUAAGGUCAGACUAUUCUGUUAUGAUUGCUUACUCCAGAACUUGGGGCUCAUUUAAUCCUUUAGAUUCUAGAUCAGGAAGGUUUGAUAAUAGGUUAUUUCAGUCUAGUCGAAGCAGUUUAGGUAACUUUCUCUUUGAGAUCUGUCACCUUUUAUGGUCCGAACUUAGGAAUUCCUUGAUGUUUUCAGUAGAGGCAGCCAAGCAGCUUCUAAAGGUCCAAAAUCAGAAAACUUCUAAUCUAGGGUUGUUACUGUCUUUAGUGCCAAGACGUUUUGUUAUUGAAGAAUUUGUCAGGAUGUAUUCAGACUUUAAGCACUGUGAACUAAAGAGGUAGACCAUCACUACAGGCCAGAAACAUUAUUUGAGCUGCUGUCAGUCAUCUUUGAGAAAAUAACCCCCUCCUUCAGUUCUUAGGUUUUACCUAUCAGGACGUAAUGAAAACAUUACUUCAGCUAAUUUAGCUUUUGCAGGUGUUUCUACUCAUCUAAAGGCUAGGACAUAAUAAAAACUGGAUGUCUGCUGUUUGGGAUUAUUGUUGAUUAACCAGUUGACCUAAGCUUCAACUGUCAGACAGAAGACUCCUGAAUACUUUAUUAAUGAAAGCAGGUCAUAGUUGACUCAAUGAAUACAAAGCAUGCCGUUCCCGUGGCUGCAAUGCAACCCCAGGUGUUCAUCCCUCCACCAGUAGUUGCUUGCACUGAUAUUCUAUCAUAUGGUUUUCUCCAACCACAUCAUUGUGGCUGAGCUGUCUUGGUCUCAUCCAUAGAAUGUUGUUCCAGAAGUAAUUUUCUUCAUGCAGACCCAGCCAUGUUCUCUAAAGAGAAAUUAAACCUUUUUUCUUUUUCCCCAGCCUCUUCCAAAUCAAGCCACUUUUGACCUGUCCUGUUAUGAACUUUUACAUUCUACCUAUAGUACAUUCAUAACCCUUUAAAGAUUUAUAAGCAGCAUUAGUUGCUGGUCAUAAGGUUGCACCUGCAGUGAUGAUGUCUUUAGGUCUUGGUGUGGUGUUAACCCACAUCUCAGUGCUGAUGACCCACUAAUCUGUUGUGCAUUCUUUUACACUUUAUAUUACCCAAUAAACAUCCUUUUUUUUUAUUAAGUCCUGAUAUAGAAAAUCUAAAGAUUGAAAGAUAAUUAAUGUUCUUUUCAUCAUAACUGUAGCUCUGUCUCUUCUGUCUGUCUAAUAACUGGACUCUUAUCUGAACCCAGUUUAAAACUUAUUCAGACAAUAUCUAUGUGGAAGCAA